AUGCUGAUGGACAGGCUAUUGCACAUAAAAAAUCAAAAAGAGAUCCUUGAGCAACACAAUGAAAUACGGAGAUCUGUAAUUCCCACAGCCAGGAACAUGCUGAAGAUGGAAUGGAGUAACAAAGCUGCCAAAAAUGCUCAGAAAUGGGCAGAUCAGUGUGCAAUGAAAGUCAGUCCAAGAGACAAGAGAAUUAUUAAUGGUGUUGCCUGUGGUGAGAAUGUGUUGCUGUCCUCCGUCCAAAGAUCAUGGACUGAAAUAAUCCAGGUGUGGCACAGCCAGUCCUCCAAUUUCAGAUAUGGAUAUGGAGCAAUCUCGAGAAAUGUCAAUAUUCAGAGCUACACUCAGCUGAUCUGGUACAACAGUUACAAGGUUGGAUGUGGCUUUUCCAAAUGUGCCGUGGGCCCAUACAAAUACUUUUACGUGUGCCAAUACUGCCCUGCAGGAAAUAACCCCAUGCAAAUAGCUAUGCCUUACAGAAAUGGACCCAAAUGUGCUGACUGUCCUGGCCACUGUGACAAGGGGCUUUGCACCAACCCUUGCAAGUAUCAAGACCUCCUCGAAAACUGCACAAAUCUGAAAACGGUGUUUGGCUGUAGAAACUCAGUGGUGAAGAAGAAGUGCCUUGCAAGCUGCAAAUGCACYACUGAAAUCAUCUAA